UUUAUUUAUUUAUUACAUUCAUAUGCAUAUUUUAUCCAAGAAAUUCAAUAUAGCAUACAUUGUUCUCCCCCUCCCCAGUUAAUCCCCACAACAACUCUGAGGUAGUUUAGAUUGAGAGUCACCUGGUGAGCUUCACAUCCAAGUGGAAAAUUGAACCCAGGGAUCCUAGGUCCUAGUUAAACACCCUAAGCACUAUCAAAACUGAAAGAGUAAAAUUUAUCAUAAGCUUCUGUAGAUUUAAGCCCACUUUAUCAGACGCAUGAAGUGAAAUCUUAGCUGGAAGGUGUUGGGGGAAAAUGAAUGAUUUCGUCGUCUAUCUCCCUAUGCUUCCCUAUAGUUACAUGCCGAAACAUAAAUACAACCCCCUCUCUAAAAUUAAGAUCGUGACCGCCUGCCUUUGCUGCUGCAUUGUUUGGGAGAGUAUGGCACCCUGCUGACCAAAGCCACGCUAAAAAUCUGGAUUUCUCUGCUGGUUCCCGCUCCGAGCACCCUUCACUUCUGCCCUGAAACGUUCACACUGAACCCGGAAUUUGGGCUCAGUGCGAGUUGUUUAUAAAUCCGGACCACAGACUUCCUUCCCAGAGGGUCCCUUCCCAGCAGACAACGCACCGGAAGUUCCUACUCAGCAAAGCAGCCCUUCUACGGCAAAUCUAUGCUCAUCGGGCAGCCGACAGCUUUUUCUUUGGUCUUUCUGUGCCUCUCUACAAGACUCUAAAUAUCCUCCACCUCCGACGAAGGGAUGUGUUUACAUCCGGGACUUUUUUUUUGCGGCUGCGCAGUCCCGUCCCCCCGCCUCACCGGCCGUUACUCUCAUCUUCUUUGGCGGGACGCCGUUUGUUUAACCCUUGGCGGUGCCCCACGAUGAUUCCCACUCCGUGGCACCGGCACGUGGGGCCGCAGGGCCCCUUUAGCGAGGUCUACGAGCCCGCCGAAGACACUUUCCUGCUGCUGGACGCUCUGGAGAGGGACGCGGAGGAGCUGAGGAGCGGCAGGUGAGGGAGCCAAUGGCAGGAGGGAGGCGGGGGAAGGACGCGGGGGGGGGGGGAGAGGAUGCGCGCGCACGCAAACGGCGGCAGUGCCGGUCAUUUGUACGGCCGUUCCUGUCCGGAGCCUUCACCUCGCGUGCUGGUGGCGCGGCUCAGGUCUCGCAGCUCUGGCCUCUUGGCAAAAACUGAACUCGUUGACUUCGCUUGAAUUUAUAUGGAAGGUGCUGCAGGUGGGUUAUGUUCCGAGGACGUUUAAGACAGCGGCGUAGACCUACGGCGAAAGUGCAGACCACUAUAGCAGAGCUAAACAUAAACCGAACCCACUCAAACCUCAAAUUGCGCCCAGUUAAACUAAAAGUGUAUAUCCAUACAUUUGGAGUUCUUUGAAGUCUGAAAACAAAGAAAAGAAAUGUGUGUGUGUGCCUAAUGUAAGGUUACCAGAUUUGUUUCAAUGAAUCCGGGGACACUUUUCAACUUCCUCCUAAAUAGAUGGAUUUUGCCAGGGGACUGAUUUGUAAAUCUGGGAACUGUCCCCAGGAAACGGGGACGUCUGGUAACCUUAGCCUAAUGAUGGUAAGGAGGGCAUUGAACCCAGAUCACAAAACCCAUUCCUCCACCAUGGCAUGAAAAAAGCAGAUUCCAUAAAAGCACUCAACACGCUUUUUUAAGGUUCAUGUGUAAAGUAAUGUGCACACAACAAAUGUAUAUGGAACCACAGGCAUCAUCCGGGUGCAUGCAGUGGCAGAUGAGUUGGUUGUUUUUAAAGAUUUAUUCCCCACCCUUGGAUCACACAUUCUCAAGGCAACUUACAAGAAACAAGACAGCAUUCACCCUUUCUUUUUUUCUCACACAGCUGGCACAAUCUUGAAGCUGGACAGAUAGGAUCAGGAUAUGCUUCCCACCACGAGGAGCAAGGCAGUUGCGAUCUCAUCUUUGGGAACCUGCACAUGUUUAUUAGUAGAAUUUGCAAGCUUCAGCUAAUUUUUUCUCUCAGAGUUGUGAGAAUAGUACAACCUGAGCUCCUUGGAGGAAGGGUGUGAAAGAAAUGUAUAAAAAAAAAAACCAAACCAGGGCUCUGGCCUGUUUUGGUGCCUGAAGCAGAAAGUUUAAAUGGCAGCCCUCUCACUAAUCAACAUGCCACAAUGCACCAGAAAGUCCCACUGGAAAAAAACUAUUUUUAUUUAUUUAUUAAAUUUGUAUAGCAUUCUUCAUCUGAGGUCCACAAGGUGGUUUGGAAUAUUAAAAUACAAAAAUGCAUAACAUAGUAACAAACAAAAACAAUAACUUCCCCACACAGUUUAAAAGAUCUUAGGUAGUUUAAUUAGUCAAAGAAUUGGCAGUAGAUAAAUAUUUUGCCUGGUGCCUAAAUAUAUGUAAUGAAGGUGCCAGGGGAGGCUCUCAGAAUAGCAUUCCAUGAGCGGGGAGCCAUUGCAGAAAAGGCUCGUUCUCAUAUUGCUACCCUCUAGACCUCUUGUGGAGGAAGAAGGGCCUCAGAUGGUGAUUGCAGGGUCUGGGGGGGAUUCAUAAUGGGGAAAUGUGGUCCCUCAGGUAUUGGGAUCCUGAGCCAUUUAAGGCCAAAACCAGCACUUUGAACUGGGCCUGGAAACUAGUGCAGUCAUCAUCAUCAUCAUCAUCAUAAUAAUAGUAAUUUAUUAUUUGUACCCCGCCCAUCUGGCUGGGUUUCCCCAGCCACUCUGGGCGGCUUCCAUAGAAACCAAAAACACUAAAAUAUCAUACAUUAAAAACUUCCCUGAACAGGGCUGCCUUAAGAUGUCUUCUGAAUGUCAGGUAGUUGUUUAUCGUUUUGACAUCUGAUGGGAGGGCGUUCCACAGGGCGGGCGCCACUACCGAAAAGGCCCUCUGCCUGGUUCCCUGUAGCUUUGCUUCUCGCAAUGAGGGAACUGCCAGAAGGCCCUCGGCGCUGGACCUCAGCGUCCGGGCAGAACGAUGGGGGUGGAGACGCUCCUUCAGGUAUACUGGGCCGAGGCCGUUUAGGGCUUUAAAGGUCAACACCAGCACUUUGAAUUGUGCUCGGAAACGUACUGGGAGCCAAUGUAGGUCUUUCAAGACCGGUGUUAUGUGGUCUCGGCGGCCGCCCCAGUCACCAGUCUAGCUGCCGCAUUCUGGAUUAGCUGUAGUUUCCGAGUCACCUUCAAAGGUAGCCCCACGUAGAGCGCAUUGCAGUAGUCCAAGCGGGAGAUAACUAGAGCAUGCACCACUCUGGCGAGACAGUCCGCGGGCAGGUAGGGUCUCAGCCUGCGUACCAGGUGGAGUUGGUAGACAGCUGCCCUGGAUACAGAAUUGACCUGCGCCUCCAUGGACAGCUGUGAGUCCAAAAUGACUCCCAGGUUACGCACCUGGUCCUUCAGGGGCACAGUUACCCUAUUCAGGACCAGGGAGUCCUCCACACCAGCCCGCCCCCUGUCCCCCAAAAACAGUACUUCUGUCUUGUCAGGAUUCAACUUCAAUCCAUUAGCCGCCAUCCAUCCUCCAACCGCCUCCAGGCACUCACACAGGAUCUUCACCGCCUUCACUGGUUCUGAUUUGAAAGAGAGGUAGAGCUGGGUAUCAUCUGCAUAUUGAUGGACACCCAGUCCGAACCCCCUGAUGAUCUCUCCCAGCGGCUUCAUAUAGAUGUUAAAAAGCAUGGGGGAGAGGAUGGAACCCUGAGGCACCCCACAAGUGAGGGCCCAAGGGUCUGAACACUCAUCCUCCACCACCACUUUCUGAACACGGCCCAGGAGGAAGGAGCGAAACCACUGUAUAACAGUGCCCCCAGCUCCCAACCCCUCUAGACGGUCCAGAAGGAUGUUAUGGUCGAUUGUAUCAAAGGCCGCUGAGAGAUCCAGCAGAACUAGGAAACAACUCUCACCUUUGUCCCUAGCUCGCCGGAGAUCAUCAACCAGUGCGACCAAGGCAGUUUCAGUCCCAUGAUGAGGCCUGAACCCUGAUUGGAAGGGAUCCAAAUGGUCCGCAUCCUCCAGGCGUGCCUGGAGUUGUUCAGCAACCACACGCUCAAUCACCUUGCCCAAGAAUGGAAGAUUUGAGACUGGGCGAUAGUUGGCCAUACUGGCCGGGUCUAAAGAUGGUUUUAAGAAGCGGUUUAAUGACCGCCUCUUUCAGCGGAUCUGGGAAUGUUCCCUCACAGAGGGAAGCAUUCACCACCCCGCAGAGCCCAUCGCCCAGCCCUUCCCGGCUUGCUUUUAUUAGCCAGGAUGGGCAAGGAUCAAGGAGACAGGUGGUUGGUUUCACGCGUCCAAGCAGCCUGUCCACAUCCUCGGGGGUAACGGACUGCAAUUGAGUCCUUGCAACUUGACCAGACAGGGCUCUAGCACUCUCCCGCCCCAGCCCUGCUCCCACGGUGGUGUCUAGCUCCUUCCGAAUAUGAGUGAUUUUCUCUGCAAGAAACUUUGCAAAAUCGUUGCAGGAGAUCUUGGGGUCUUUACAAGGCCUCGGUGGUAAAGGUGGUUCCGUUAAAUUGCGGACCACCUGAAAGAGUCUCCUGCUACUAUUUUCUGCAGAUGCAAUAGAGGCGGUGAAGAAAGUCUUCGCCAUCGCUAUCGCCCUUGGUAGGCUUGACGUUGAGCUCUAACCUGUGUCCGGUCAGAUUCGGAGUGAGUUUUCUGCCACCGACGCUCUAGCCGUCUCAGCGAUUGUUUCAUCGCCCUCAGCUCCGAAGAAAACCACGGGGCUGUCCGGGCUCCAUGCAAUCGGAGAGGGCGCUUCAGAGCCAGACAGUCGAUAGCCCUGGUUAACUCCGCAUUCCAGCGGGCCACCAGGGAAUCAGCUGAAAGGCCAUCAACAUGGGAUAAAGCAUCCCCUACCACUCUCUGGAAACCAUUUGGAUCCAUUAAGUGGUGGGGGCGGACCAUCCGAAUUGGUCCCACCUCCCUGCAGAGAGGAAGGGUCGCAGAGAAGUCCAGUUGCACCAGGAAGUGAUCUGACCAUGGCACUUCUUUGGUUUCACUUUUACUUAGUGUCAGAUCACCCAUGCCACUAGAGGUGAAUACCAGGUCUAAGGCAUGUCCAUGACUAUGAGUUGGGCCCAACUUAUUCAGGGACAGCCCCAUGGAGGCCAUGCUUUCCACGAAGUCCCGAGCGGCCCCUUGUAAGGUCGUGUCGGCGUGGAUGUUAAAAUCCCCUAGGACAACCAAACUAGGUGUCUCCAGGAGAACAUCCGCCACGACCUGAAGCAGCUUGGACAGGGAAUCCUUGGUGCAGCGGGGAGGUCGGUACACCAAAAGGAAUCCUGUACUGCCCCUAUUGCCCAACUUCCAGAACAUGCACUCAGAAAACUGGGUCUUCCCAGUAGGACGCCUGAUGCAAACUAAUGACUUCCUAAAAAUCACUGCAACCCCCCCUCCCUGCCCACAUGACCUGGGUUGCUGUGCGUAAGAGAAACCUGGUGGGCAAGCAGCAGCAAGGACAGGCCCAUCUGCUUCCUCCAACCAGGUCUCUGUCACACAUGCCAGGUCAAAUCCUCCAUCCACAAUCAAGUCGUGGAUGGCAGUGGUUUUAUUCAUCAUUGACCUGGCAUUACACAGCAACGCCUUCAGGUCAUGUGGGUUUCCCUGUUGAUUCCAGUAUCCAUCCGGUCAAGGCCAGACCCGGAGGCAGGGAUAGUCUUCAAACAACGACUAAACCUGCCUCCUCGGUAAUGACAUGGUCUGGUCUUAGCGUAACUCCUCCUCCUGCCCAUGAUCACCAAGAUCGGAUGUCCCAGUGCUUCCCCCCCUGUGGAACUUGUCCCAGCCAUCGUGUUGGCUGGGGCCCCACUCCCAGGCAGCCCUGAUCCCGCCCCUUAAAAACAAAACACAAACUAUACAGAACCAAUAAAACAACAGAAAACAAAAACAGAACAAUUAUACUAAAAUUAAUCCCCAACCAAAUAUCCAUCCCACCCACACACCCCCAACAAAGGAAAAAGGAAAAAAAAGAAAUACAGUACAAAUUUAAAUUGCCACCGACUGCUUGAGGACAUUUUAAAACACAUUAACCACUUGGAACAGGGAAGCAAUUGCAGAACACUUCCCAGCUUCCCCAAAAGUUUGUUCCAAAUAAGGGCCUGGGCCACGCCCCCUGGGCCAGUUGGAGAAGGCCCUGGAAGGGAGCAGGCCCUGCAGUCCUCACCCAGCCAGGAGUCUCUUUAUAGCUGGGAGAGAGGGCCCUGGCCACGCCCCCUGGGCCAGUUGGAGAGGGCCCUGGAAGGGAGAGGGCCCUGCAGUCAGGCCAGAAUUGGCAUCAUAUGCUCAAACCCAGCAUUCAAAACUCCCAUUGUUCUAGGCACGUUUUGCGACAAGGAAUUUCAUUUGCAUGAGUAGUUUCUGAGCUCUGGGCACAGUACUGCGCCUAAGAUUUCAGAUUAAAACUUCCAGCCACUUUCUGAAUACUGGAGAAGAGACCCUCUUAAGAAUAUUAGGGCGGUGGGCAGGGGAAGCAUGGUGUUGUUGUUUUUUUGUUGUUGUUUUUGCAGUCUUCAGAAGAGGACUAGACCAUGUGAAAAAUGAAUAUAAGAUUUUAUCUGCAGUUCUUAUUUUCAGCUUUGUAUUCUUGUUAUAAAAAGUGCACCUGGACAUUCCAUUGUUGCGCCCAUAACCUAAGUUUAAGGUGCCAUUUAUCCCCUAACUUUCAUAUCUCUGUUUCUAACACUGCUCAAACUGUUUUGCCCUUGUGAGCAACCUGGCCUCUGAAUUCUGCACCAACUGAAGUUUCCAAACACUCUUCAGAGGCAGCCCCACAUAUAACACAUUGCAGUAAUCUAACCUAGAAGUUACCAAAGGAUAGAUGGUAGAAGUUAGGCUAUAUGUGUCCAGAUAGGGGAGCAGCUGGGUCCCCAGCUGAAGCUGAUGGAAGGCACUCUGUGCCACCAAGGACCCCUGAGCCUCAAGAGCAUUGCUGCUGUUUCAAGGAGCCUUGAAAGUAGAAUUUCCUGAUGACUUGUGCCCCAUGGAUCAGAUGUGCCUGUCUCUCACACUGCCGCUUCUAAUAGCACCCAAAAACGUACCACCUUACUUUAUUUCCUUGUAGGGCCUUGCCAAAGCUGGUUAUGUCAUACUCUAUAGUGUUUUGUUCCAACGUAUUGGCUUUAGUUGCAGUAAGGAUUGUGAACAGUUUCUGCUGAAAGGAGUUCAACCAGCCUUGUGGCAAGAUCUUUCUCAGUAGUAGUACUUGAGACUCCCUUUUUAAAGUAGUGUUGCCAAGGGAUGAAUCUGAAACCUUAUAUAUACAAAAUAUGCUCUGUUAGAACUAUGGCUGUAGUCCAGCUUGAUAUCUAGGAUAUACUUGUCCUAUAGUUAUGACAGUUAACUGUGCUUAAGUGUGUCUAGAGCAAACAUUCAUCUGCAGGAUGACCCACUAGUUUUGAGGCAAAACUAGAAUACGUACUGGCAUUUACAGAUGGAAAAUAUAUAAAGAACUUAGGCUUACAGAUUGUUUUGAAAGGCCAUCAUUAGACUGGAUAAGUGCAUUUCAAAUAGGAUUUACUAGUUUAAAAAAUCAGAAGUUGAAAACUACAUGGAAAAUGAAUUUAAUCUCUUUAAAAAUCAAGCUUAUUAAUUUAUAAAAAUAGAACUUAAGCUUCUUAGUGGGUAUAGUCAUUCCAUUUAAAGUAAAGCUUACAGUGGAUAAUAUUAAUCUCUUAUUUUUUUCUGCAGAAAAAUACAUUGUCUCUAUUCAGAUACUUUUAAGAUAUGUAGUCACUGUCUGAAUAGUUUAUAGCGGCACAGCCCUCGUUAAUCUCAUUGCACCCUUAUUUUUAUGUCUAAAAUGUUUAGCAUUGAGAUCUGCCUUGAAGUAGGAUCUGGAUCUGGAGUAGUUUCAACAUUUUUGGCUUCAAUUGCUGGACCCAAAGCGUUAUACUUGUAAGUAUUUAUAUGUUAUUUUAAAUUGUAUUGUAGGAUAAGUAAAGGCAGGGUGCAUAUGAUUCCUUAAAUGUACCCCACACCCCUAGAUCACAAAAAUAUUACCAUGAAUUGCACUUCAGUGGCCUUUUAAUUAAGUUGUAUACUAUAGUGGUUUUUUAAAAAACCUUUGGGCAUAAAUAUGUGAAGUGUAAUUAAAGUCAUGGGAAUGUAUAUUUGAUGCCAGUGGAUCCUUCCUACAGUAGACCAGUUGGGUGAAAGAUGCACAGGUUGAAGCUAAUACUAUACAUCUCACAACUCUAUGCAGCUAAUUACUUGGUUCAGAUAUCAUAGAAGAAGAAGAAGAAGAAGAGUUUGGAUUUGAUAUCCCGCCUUUCACUCCCUUUAAGGAGUCUCAAAGCAGCUAACAUUCUCCUUUCCCUUCCUCCCCCACAACAAACACUCUGUGAGGUGAGUGGGGCUGAGAGACUUCAGAGAAGUGUGACUGGCCCAAGGUCACCCAGCAGCUGCAUGUGGAGGAGCGGAGACACGAACCCGGUUCCCCAGAUUACCACUCCUAACCACUACACCACACUGGCUCCUACCAAAUCAUACCAAAUCAUGGUUCAUUUUAGCAGUAUUUUAGAACCUAAACCAUCGAGUUUCCAAAUGCAUUAGAGGCAAACUAUGCUUUAGACCUUUUUAUCUGCUUUAGUAUUCCAUCCUUCCAGGACUUGGCGUCAAAGACUUAUUUCUGUAUUUCUGGUGCAGCCGUGCCUGGAGAUGUUUACAUGCUGUGCCAAAUCAUAAACUUCAUUCACCAUAGUUUUUAUGGUCUCUGAACUGAGCCAGUAUGUUGCAUGGAAGUCCAUGGUUAAUCUUGGUUUAAUAAAAGUUACCAGUAUUCUUUCUUUCAAAGCUUGGGUGGCGCAAAAAUCCCUGCAGUCAGAGCAGAUAGGGAUAUUUGAAUUGUUAUGCCUAACAUGGUAUCUGAAUUGUUGCCAACUACAAGAGAAUACUAUUAUAAGGAACUGCGACCUGUGGGUAUUUAUUUGUAUCACAUUGUGACAGUUUUAAUAUCACCUUAUCUAAAUGAUAUUUAAUGUUACCUUGGUUGACAAAACAUUGCUUGUUUUAACUGAAAUACGGCUCAUUUGCUUAUAGGUGUACCGAUAUCAACCCUCUGGCAGGUCUGUGCACUGUGGAAACAGCCAUACAUAAUAAUGUUGACAUUCAGCCCAUAAUUACCGAUCUGGUGAGAUUCAAAUUAUAACUCAUCCUUUUGAUAGAUAAUACUGCAUACCUUCAUAAUACCAAACACUUCACUGUGAUGUGCUGAUAUAGCACUUUGAGUUUAUAUUGUUCAAUGAAUUAGCUUUUUUGCGGUAUUUAUAUGCUAUUGUUUGUUUACUAGUGACUUAUGUUUGUAAAUUUUAAUGGUACUGUUAUUAUUGUGAGCUACUUCCAUCUCAACAUUGUUGCUUGAAAAGCAGAACACAAGUAUUAAAUCAGAUUAAUUUAUAAAAUGUUACCGUAUUUUUUGCCCUAUAGGAUGCACUUUUUCCCCUCCAAAAAUGAAGGGGAAAUGUGUGUGCGUCCUAUGGGGCGAAUGCAGGCUUUCGCUGAAGCCUGGAGAGCGAGAGGGGUCGGUGCGCACCGACCCCUCUCUCUCCAGGCUUCAGGAAGCUAUCCGCAAGCCUUGCGAGCCCAGGGGGAGUUCCCGCGGGCUCGCAAGGCUUGCAGGCAGCAGCCUGUUCUGUGGGCUGGGGUCAGGGAAAGCUCGGGCUUCCCCUGCCCCAGCCGCGGGGGAAAUAAUUUUUUUUUAUUCAUUCCCCCCCCCCCCGAAAAAAAACCCCGGGGUGCGUCCUAUGGGCCAGUGCGCCCUAUAGGGCGAAAAAUAUGGUGAUCCUUUUAAUACAGAGGUACUUUUUUCACUUCCUUUGGAAAAUAAUUGUAGCAAAACUAUCCUCAUCCAGGAAUUUGGUGAGUUAAUUGAAAACAUUGUUUUUUGGUUUUGACCUUUUCUUGGAGCAUAAAGGCAAUGAGACAGCUUUUAGAUUGAUAACCAGUCUUUUAAUAAGAUGUCAGUCUUCUGUGACCUAACUGAAGGUCAUGUGCUAAAGUUGAAGCAAACUGGAAUAGCUGUAACUUCCCCCCUGCCCCUGCCCCAAAUUCUUUACUAAAUCGUAUUUUACACAAGCAGGCUUGGAGCAGUUUGUUGGAGAAUAAAAGUUGUGUUAAUUUAUUUUACGUCAACUUAUGUCUAGGUAACAGCAUUGUUGCCACGAUUGCAUGGGAAAGUGGAUGUACUGCUAUUUAACCCACCUUAUGUAGUAACCCCUUCUGCUGAGGUAUGUAUGCAUUUGAGAAAAUAGUUUAUCAACCUGUUGCAGUUGGGUAGCAGUUGUUACCCACUGAAUAUGUUGAAUUUCACUUGUCUGAAAAUUUCAAUUCAACUGCAGCAUUUCCUAAAUCUGUUUUCACUAUUAACUAGCUAAUCUUGUCUAGUAUUUCUGUCUUCCAUUAUUACUACUAUUAAUAAAUUUGCACAUGCAUUUUUUGGAUACUUGCAGCCUGAUCUUAUCUCAGUCACCUUUGUGUUGAAUGGAGCUCUGCUUAGGUUUGCAGACUUCAUAUCCUGAUGAUUCUUCAGUAAUAAUAGACAGUAAGGCCAUCUUGCUUUAAAAAAUUGGUUAAAAAGCUAAACAGGUAUAUGUGACUUACAUAAUUGAUUGAAUUCAAAUGUGUUUGACUUCACUCAUUGCAAAGGUCAUCUUGUUUUUAUUUUGUCUAAAAUGCUGCAUGGUAUAUCAAAGUGCAAUUUUCCUUUUUCAUUUAUUCUAGAUUCACAGUCAUGGAAUAGAGGCAGCAUGGGCUGGAGGUAAAAAUGGCAGAGAAGUUAUGGACAGGCUCUUUCCACUGGUGUCAGACUUGCUUUCAGCUAGAGGAUUAUUUUACUUAGUUGUAAUUAAAGAAAAUGAUCCAGGUUAGCAAUACUUCUGUUCUCCCUCCCCCUUAAACUUAAGGAGUUUACACUGAAACACUUGGCAAAUAUCCUAAAAACAGUUUGGCUAGUCUUUACUUUUUGCAUUAAAUCUUUUCAGAGAGAGGCAUGCUUUAGAAUAAUUUUGUAAUUCAUUUGAAUGAGUAUUGGAGACAAUUUUAUGCCAAAAUGGAUUCAGCCACUCUUAUGAUGCCUUAUAUGAGCUGUAUACAUCUUGUAUGAUCUGUCUAGUAUUCAGCUACUGCUGGUGAAAGCCCUUGCGGAGAACACAGAAUCCCCCUUCAUACCUUAUUCACAUGAAUGAAUUCCAUAUGAUGAAAGGAAAGUGGGACCCCAUCCCAGGUGUUCUGUGCUGGGCCAGCCUUACCCCCUGAUGCUUAUGCAUUUAAUGUGGAUGGCUGCAAAGGUAUAUCUCAUGCAUAGAUCCACACUCAAUGUGUGGAUUCUGAGGCUGUCCCAGCACAGAACAUUGAGGAUACAACUUCCCUUUCAUCACAUGAACUUUCUUCACCUGCAGGGGGCUAGAAUGACCAUUUUAUUUCCUCUAAAAGCCAUUUAGUCUCAGGCUUGGAUGCUAAAUGGGACUACCCAAAAAUAAGGUAGACACUUUUACAUAUUGGGGGGGGGCUCCUUUGGUAUGCAGAAAUAUGUAAAUUAAAACUAAAAAAAUUAAGUCCCAAAUAUGUCUAAAGAAUGUUGAGGGCAACAGUGGGGGAAGGAAAGAAAAAAACCUGCUUGGGGCUUUAACAUAGGCAAGGCGGACCUGUGGCUCUUUAGUUGUUGGUCUUCCACCUCCCAGAAUUCCUGACCAUUGACCAUCCUAGCUGGGACUGUUGGAGACCAAGAACUGGAAGGCCACAUGCCUCCCCUAACAUCUUGCAGUAGGUAUUCUGGAGGAUUCGGGUCACCAGAGGGACCUGUGCCAUGAGGUUAUGCUUCCUUUUUUGCACUUUACCAAGAUUUUUCAGGAAGAGAAAUAAAAAGGUCACACGUACUCUUUCCCAUUCUUCCAAAACCUUCCUUGCUUCCAUCAAUGCAUAGGACACUUGAGUUUAGGGCUAGCUAGCCCCCAACCUAAAUCCUUUAACACCAUAUGGUAAAGGCGACACAAGGCGACAGGAAGGGAAGAAAAAAGGGUCAUACAAUUUCCAUUUCUGGUUCCAAAACGUCACCCACCCCAGUUGCACUCUGAGCUCCAAACAGAUUAAUCUGUUUCAAGCUGUAGCUGUAAACAGCAAUGUUUCUGUUAAGGCAGGCAUCCCCAAACUCAGCCCUCCAGCUGCUUUGGGACUGCAGUUCCCACCAUCCCUGACCACUGGUCCUGUUAGCUAGGGAUGAUGGGAGUUGUAGUCCUAAAACAUAUGGAGGGCCAAGUUUGGGGAUGCCUGUGUUAGGGGCUGCAACACUUCCUUGUGACUCAUCACGUGCCUAUUACUGCUUAGUCAUGUAAUGCUUGCUGUAGAAUGGAUUAGUGAUCCAUUUUUGCCCAGAGUUUCUACAUCUAUUUACAGGUGGCAUACAGGCGAGUCAGAGGCUGUUAUAAUUGAAUGUUAAGUAAAUGUGAAUCAUGGAGUAGCAAAGGAACAGAUUUUUCGGUUGAGAGCCAAACUGAGACUAGGUUGGCAGUGAAUAAUUAUUAUUCCUUUUGUUAAUAGCCAAGUGUGUAACUCUUAAAAUGAGAGAACCUUGGAAAUGACACGUAAGUGAGUCUUACACUGGUCAGGAAUAAGGAGUUAAGAACCUUGCUUAGUUUUGUUCUAUAUCUGUUCUCACAGCAGUGCUGGUAAUCUAGUAUCAGCUUUCUACAGGUUUUUCUCUUUGCCAGUAGGCAGGAAAUCUAGCUGGGUGGAUUGUGUUUGUGUAUGGUUUGUUUUGUUUUGUUUUGUUUUGUUUUGUUUUGUUUCUUUGCAAAAUUAAUGCUGAAAGAAAUUUGAAGAUAAUUUUGGCUGAUAGAAGGCUAGGACCCAUCUGUUGCUUUAAACUGAGCUGUGAUUUCUCAUUUGUAAUUGCAGAUGAAAUUAUCAAAAUAUUGCGAAAAUGUGGUUUAAAAGGCACCAGAGUACUUUCCAGACAAGCAGGAAGAGAAAAUCUCUCGGUACUUAAAUUUUGCAAGUCCUGAAGACUACCUGUUAAACAAAAACUACUCUGGAAUAAAGGCUGCACAAAAGACAAUAAUACUUGAUCCUAUAUUAAUUUUUUCUCACAAUGAAGACAGAAGUUCUUUUGAUCAGGACUGAAUUUCUUGAACAGAAAUUUUGGAGGGUAUGGUGUGCACGUACGGCAUGGAAGGCGAGGGGGCUCCAUGUCCUCUUUUUUGCUCUUCAAAAUAUGGCACCCCUAGUAUGCACAGCAUUGCACUG